AUGAGAUUGAUCGCUGAUGCUCAGAUCAACAUCGGAUUUGCCGAGAAGGAUGCCCGAAGAGUUGCGGGCAAGUCGGAUGCCGAAAAGGCCGCGCUCGAACGAAAAGCAAGACGAUUAGAGCUUCUCAUCGAUGUCGACAAGGUGGAAAAACAAGAUCUCGAAAUCUAUCAUCAUUACAAAAUCUUCGAGCAUCUCUUUGGCGAGGACACUUAUUUUCACAACGUCCAAGACCUCAACGUUGCGGUGGAGAUUGAAAACAUUGCUACUGGGAGCUUUUCCACGAUUCUGCUCGUGAAUCUAGACGGGAAUGUUUUCGAAGGACUGGAAGGCGAAGUUGUUCAAUGGAUGGUCAAGGAUAUACCAGAUGGAAAGCUGGUGAAAGAAGGUGUUGAGGUUCUUCCGUAUCUGCGCCCACUCCCUUUCAUGGGGCUGAAGUCGCCGAUCUACGAGUACGAAUUCACCGAGUCGCUCAAGCCAGCACAACGUGAAUUUCCUGUAAAGGCGAUGCCAUUUGAUCUUUAUCUCGACAUGUACCGUGAUCCCAAAGAAAUGGAAGAAGAGAUCCUCGAAGAGCGGUUACGACGGGCGCAGAUCAAGGACUACAGAGCCUCGAAAUGGAUUGAUCCCGACUACAAUGAGAACAAGAAGACAUUGCCGGCCUGGCUGCACGCUCGACUUUUUGGAGAGGAAGGGGCGCUAUGCUGGGAAUCUACGACAACGCCAUCAAGAAUUGAUUGCUCACAGAAUUUACGGUUUUAUAGC